GGAGUUGGUUGUGUCGAGUUUCGACGGAGGGGAACGCUAUUAAAAUAUCCACAAACAUUAUCUUUAAUUGGACAGAAUUUUGUGCUUGUGUGCGUUCGGGCGCUGUUUUUUUUUACUCCCCAACCAGUGACGAUUCCGUUUUUUCGAAACUUGAUGACUGUUAUCAGCCGUGUUUAGUGUGCAGUGAUCGUGUGUGAUUUUCGAUUACUCGUUAAACUUAGUGGUUAUCGUAUAUGACAAUACAUUAGACUAGUAAACCGGCAGUGACGAAAAUGUCAUCGGUUACAUGACGAAAGGCACGUAGAACGCAGCGUGAAUCGGCUACCGAAACGAAAACGCAAAAGUAAAAUCGGAAAAUGGUCCACGUGCUCUGUAAUUGUGAAUCGUAAUGCAUGGUUCGUUAAUUGAUCGGCAAUUAUAUUCCUGUCCCGUUCUUUCUAAUUACCAGUAACAAUAAUUUUGAUUACGCCGCGUCACUAGUGAUAAUUGUUAGAUUUGUAAAUCAAACAAUCGAUUCUAAAAGUAAUAAAUCGUAAAUCUACGUUAGAAAAAAAAAUAUUUUUAAAAAUCGAACACAAGUUUUGUCGAGUUCCACAACUGCGGUUGCUAUAGACGAGUGUGUUUAGAAACUUACAAGUGCUGUGACAAUUUGUGUUUCAAAAAAAAUUAUUGUGACAAAGUGAUGCCGUGUCUGAUUGCUUGACUUGCAUUUAACCGCUGGACAAGCGGCGAAAUAUCAAACAAGGAGCAUAAAUCCCUCAAAAUUACCCGAAUUCAAUCCCCAAACAACAAACCCAGCACACUGAGUUUCUCAGAUCCCUUCGGGCCUCCCCAGUCCUCGGACGGGGGGGGCCCAUCGACCCCCCAACCUGCUAUGACCACCCAGGACGCUUUAGACCACCAGCAUCACCAUUUAGGGGGGUCACAAACCCCCCACGAUAUAUCUAAUUCAGCAAACUCAACACCGACCAAUGUAUCAUCAAAGUCUGCUUUUAUAGAGCUCCAGCAGCAUGGUUAUGGUCCUUUUAAGGGGGGGUAUCAGCAUCCCCAUCAUUUUGGGAGUCCUGGGGGCCAACAGAAUCCCCAUGAGGCCUCCGGGUUCCCGAGCCCAAGAUCGUUAGGGUAUCCUUUCCCUCCUAUGCAUCAGAACACCUAUGGGUACCACUUAAGUUCGUAUGCUCCGCAAUGUGCAAGUCCGCCUAAAGACGAGAAAUGCGGUCUUUCCGACGACCCAGGUCUUCGGGUGAAUGGCAAAGGAAAGAAAAUGAGGAAACCCAGGACGAUAUACUCCAGUCUUCAGCUCCAGCAGUUGAAUAGAAGGUUUCAAAGGACGCAGUACCUCGCCCUUCCCGAAAGGGCGGAACUAGCCGCGAGUUUAGGUUUAACUCAAACGCAGGUGAAGAUAUGGUUCCAGAACCGUCGGAGCAAAUACAAAAAGAUGAUGAAAGCGGCUCAAGUAGGCGCGCCGCCACCCAGCCUCGGCCUCCCACCAGGCAGCCCCCCUAAUAAUAACCAGUUAUUACACGGAGGCGGCGGCAGCUCCAGUGGUUCUCAACACUCGCCGUCGGCGUACCAGAGCGGGGGUCCUGCGCAGGCGCAUUCGCCCACGCCGAGUUCGACCCCCGUGUCCGAGUUGUCCCCUGGCUUGUCCCCGACUGGGACGCCGUGGGACGUGAAGCAACCACCACAACCGUCCUGGGACGUAAAGGUCGGAUAUCCAACGGCAGGCCGAUCGCCGGACGGUACCUCAUGUGAUGUGAAACCUCCACAUCAACAAUCUUGGGACCCCAGGGUCGGAUAUGAGGGUUUUUACGCUCGCUCGGAGGGUGUAGAAGGGCCGCCAAGUGAGGACGACCCCGCCAGAGGGCGCCCCAUGCCUUGGAUGUUGAAGGGCGCGCCGCCCGGCCCCUGGGACGUGAAGGGCGCGCAUGCUCAUGCACUGCACCACCAGGGAGCGCCACAGCCGCACCCGCCGUACGUGCCCCAAUAUUCCUGGUACCAGACCGACACCAACCCUGGACUUUUGACGUCAGUAUACAAAUGGUAUGGCCAGCAGUUUAACAGCCAUUGCACGGGAGAUAUUUAAUGUUAAUAAAAAAUUAAUGUAAAUCCACUUUUAAAAAGGCGAAUCACAAAACAGCGCUCACUUAGAUUAUAUAGAUAGAGCAUCGAGCCUCAAUAACGGGUCAACUUUUUGUCAGCUAAUUGUCAAAAUAGCUGACUCGUUUUUUUAUUAAUGUUCUGUCUAUACUUCAACGUAACUUAAACGUGUCUACUAUAUUGAAUUAAAAUGAGUUUUUACGCAUUAAAAAGGAGCAAAAAUUAUAAGACGAAAAAUAGAAAAUAAAAGAACUAAUACAGAAAUCACUCAUAAACGGUCAGUCAUCUUCCAUUUUAAGCAUAAAUUUAAUUAUAAAUAUUCACAUUUAACAAAAAUCGUGGCAUUUUUAUUAUUUUAAAUUGCCCUCAAGUGAAUAAGAACUUUUUCAAUAAGAAUGGAAUUAUUUUUAAUUAUUAUUUGUAUUUUGAACUAUUUUUUUUUUUGCAUAAUAUAAAUAUAAUAUUUAUGUAAAUUUAUUUAUUCUCUACCUCUAUACGGGUUGAUCAAUCCUUAGCUUCCUUUAAAGGACAAGUCAAAUCACACUUUAGUUUCUUUCACUGUAGUUACUGUUUUCUAUUCUUCUGUAAUUUUUCAACUGGAUUCGUCAUAUUUCCUUGUGUGUGCUACGUAUGUGUAUAUUUAUGUAUAUACUAUAACAAUACAUACAUACAUCAGUCAAAUACACGUUUUAAAUCUAUAAAAAUUCAGAGAUAUUUAUAUUAAAAGAAAUCGGUUAAAUAAAAACUAGUUAGAGUAUUUAAAAUGGCCGUUACUUUUAGUGACAUUAUCUGCCCAUAUUUAUAAUAUAUAUGGAGCCACAAAAACUGUUUUUCAACCUACACUUCAAAAUUUCACUAUAUUUUAAAGCAAUAUGAAGGAUUUUGAAGUUCCAUCUACAUCAUUCUUAUUCUUUAUCUACGCAUUAUUCUUAUUAAAUAAAUAAAUAAUACAAUUAAAUAUUGUAAAGGAUUAUUUAAUCUUAAUAAUAUUUUAAGUUACAACCUUUACCUAUUUGCAUUAAUCAAAAGUUAUAAUUUCUAAUCUGGUAACACUGUCGCGUACACAAUCGUAUGCAAAAGUUGACCCGUUUUUUUUAAGGCAUUUGUAUGGAGACACUCUGUCUAUAUAAUCUAUGGACGCACACAAUAUGGCGUCUAAUUGUCAAGACGAGAGAUGUAUCGGCACAACCAACUUUAAUUUUAAGGAAAUUAUUUAAUAGAAAUAAAAAGCAUUGUACAUUUUUAUAAUUAAAAUAAUAAAUAGGACAUAAUUGUUUAUAAUUAUUGUAAAUGUUACAUGUUAAAAUGGGAUAUGGAAACCAGGUAAAUGGCCAGAAAGAAUUUGUCUUUUCUGAGGUUUACAUUUUUUUUCUGAUGGCGACGCAUGUUUAAAUUGGAACUAGCUGAAAUAAAUAUUAGAAAUUACAAUUUUGUGUCAUUAUUUUUUUAUAAAAAUGUCAUAAUCACACGUAACCUGAGUUGUAUGAAUUUUUACUAUUCUAUUCCCGUACUGGUCCUGGUCUUAUUUUUUACAUACUUAAAGUCAAGUAUUAUUGUUAUUUUUGUAUCUAUUUAUGAAAAUUUGAAACAAAUUUCAUAUUUUAAACAUGUAUUGUAAAAUUUAAUUAAUUAUAUUCAAAUAAGUACAUAUUUUCUCGAAGAAAAUAUUUAGCAACCAUAUUAAUUAAUAAAAUUUAUGACAAGUAAAUUUAUAUUUAUAAUAAAAAGUCAUUUAUCACGUGGAAAAAAGAAAGUUUCUAAAGGAAUAAAUAAAUUUAUUUAAUUAGGUCAUACCCAAUUAAAUAUAAAUAUUUGAAUAAAUUUUAAGAUUCAUAUUAUUUUAUGUUUCCGUUCAAUUUAAAAAUUGGAAAAUGUAUUCAUAAAUAUAAGCUUUAAUGAGUUACAUACAUUAUUUAUUUAGUUUAAAUGAAAUGAAAACAUACGGGAAUGCAAACCAGUCUGUUGUGAUAAAUAAUUUUAAGUUUUUUUUUUUUCUAGAGACAUAAAUUGUUUUUAAUGAAUUGAAAAGUAUUUAUUGAAUUUUUUUUACAUUGCAAAAAUGUGUUCGGAUGCAUAAUAUUUUUAGCUACAUACAUAUAUUUUUUUUUUAUAAUGCAAUCUUUUUUUACCUGUAUAGAUACUUAUAGACUGUUUAUAAUAAUAUUUAUAGCAGUACCUAUAAAAUAUAUAAAUAAAUAUAUUGUUUUUGUUUUUCAUAGACAAAAAAAUAUUGUUAUGAACGGCCUCUAGUAUCAAAACUAUAAUCAAAAGUGGGUCUUUACGGGAAGUACGUUAUUGUAAAUAUUUUUUGUAAUAUAUAGUGAAAUAAACUAUACAUAUAGAUAUAGGUAGAUAGUAUAAUUACUUUAUAACUACAAUGUAUAAUAAGGAAAACGGAAUCUAAAAAAAAAGUGAAUUAAUUUCUUUUGUCAAAUAAAAUGAGAAAAAGAUACA